AUGAAGACUCUCUGCUUCUCUCUGGGACUGCUGCUCCUCACACUCUGCUGCUGUGACGCCAUCCCUAAAGGUGUGAAGUUCAGCACAGCUCCUCAAACCUGCUGCUUCAGCUUUAAAACGAGCGCCACACCGUUGAAGUUUGUGUCCUCCGUCGCCCAGACGCACAGCUCCUGCCCGAAGAAGGCAUUCAUAGUCCACACUGUCAAAGGAAGACAGAUCUGCUACAGUCAGACCUUCAAGUGGGCUCAGGACCUCUAUCGGCUCCACAACACUGAAGGCAGCAGCUAGCUGCCACGAAGAGC